CGCGCCGGCGGCACGUUGCUCCCAUGCCACACGCUUCUGCGACUCCGCUGUGAUCAAAGCCCCCACACAACGCAAAACCCGAAUAAAAUGUGACUUUCCCAUCUACCUUCACCAAACGACGCUCCUCGGGCCGAUAUAGAGACGUCAAGUGAUCGUUAACUAAUGCGAAUGGGAUAUCUUUAUUUUCAAAAAAAACGUGCUUAUUGUAGAGUACUGGAUGAGUGCAUGAAGCCCGCGGUUGAACAGAUCCGAGGUCAUUCACUGGUUCGACAGGUCCGCCCCGUUUACUAUUCAGUCGUACUAGACACAUUCUUCGAGUUGGCAAAGAAGUGUCCUAUGUUGAAUGAAAACGCAGGCCUUAUCAGUGGACCUUGACAAUACACAGUAGCGCAUUGUUUUAUUGAUUACGUUGUUGUGAUGUUUACCAAAGUUCGCGAGUUAUAAAAACACUAGUCGAGUUGUUUCGAUAAGAGCACACGAGUGAGAUAAUGUACAAAAAAAAAGUAUUAUCCGGCACAUUCGUCAUAUUGAUAUGAUAGCGUGCUUGCGAACAUUAAUUGUUGUGUCUGACAUUUAGAUUGGCAUUUUGGUGACGGAGAGACCCUCGCGCAAUUAAGCGAAAGUCCUUGAAAGCAAUUUAACGCGCUAAGUGUGAAUUGUGGCGAACGUAAAAUAUCUUAAAUGGCGUAGAUGUCAGGGGUAAUCUCGAAGCGCUGUGAGAGGAUUAGAUAGGUCAAUUGGCACUGACUAUGGCCUAUUGUGUCACGUAGACUUGAAUAUAAGCGGGCGAUCAAAAUGCAUCGUUCGGGAUCUCAAUCCGAUGGACUAGGUGCCAGUGGAGGGCCCACAUUCAUCGCUAAGAGUUCGGCUUCGGAGCACAGCAUGGCAACCGGGGUGACGGCCACCAGCAGCGGUGGAAGCCUGCCCCGAACAUUGAGCACGAGCGUGUUGCGUAUCAAAAACAGAUCUACUUUCUGGGAUAAAUUCUGGGAUGAGCGCAAUAGGCGUGAUGCCCAUGGAGAAGACUUGAUCGUGACUCCGUUCGCGCAGGUGCUGGCGAGUCUGCGCAGCGUCCGCACCAACUUCCUGUGCCUCACGAAUGUGCCGGCAUCUAAAUCGCGCAGAUCUUCGGGUGCGGCGACUGCUGUUACACCACAGCCGAAAAACCUAAACCCAGGAGACGAAGCAUACAUGAAGCUGGCACUGGAGACCGUUGAAGAGCUGGACUGGUGCUUGGACCAGCUCGAGACCAUUCAGACCCACCGCUCCGUCUCUGAUAUGGCUUCGCUCAAGUUCAAACGGAUGCUGAACAAGGAGCUGAGCCAUUUCUCGGAGUCCAGCAAGUCCGGCAACCAGAUCUCGGAAUACAUCUGCUCCACUUUCUUGGAUAAACAACAGGAGCUCGACAUACCAUCACUGCAAGUUGAUGAAGCGUGUGAACGUAUCAAGAAGAAGGAGAAGCCACGCCAUGCCGGACCUGGUACUACAAUGUCACAAAUAUCUGGUGUUAAAAGGGCACUUACUCACACAAACAGUUUCACUGGUGAACGUGUGCCAAGAUACGGAGUUGAAACUCCACACGAAGAAGAGUUGGGCCAACUUUUAGGAGAAAUUGAUCGCUGGGGCGUUGAUAUUUUCCGGAUUGGUGAUCUUUCUUGCGGCCGUCCUCUGACCGCCGUUGCAUACGCUGCCUUCACCUCCAGAGAGCUGUUAACUACAUUGCAGAUACCAUCGCGCACUUUCCUUGCAUUCGCUGUGACCCUCGAGGAGCACUACAUUCGCGAUAAUCCAUUUCACAACUCUCUGCAUGCUGCGGACGUCACACAAUCAACAAACGUACUCCUUAACACGCCCGCUCUUGAUGCUGUGUUUACACCAAUUGAAGUGUGUGCAGCUUUAUUCGCUGCAUGUGUUCAUGACGUUGACCAUCCCGGUCUAACAAACCAAUUUCUCGUUAACUCAAGCUCUGAGUUGGCUUUAAUGUAUAACGAUGAAUCUGUACUAGAAAACCACCAUCUCGCUGUCGCCUUCAAACUUCUGCAGAAUGAUGGCUGCGAUAUAUUCGUUAACCUCCACAAGAAACAAAGGCAAACGUUGCGCAAAAUGGUUAUUGAUAUGGUACUUUCCACUGACAUGUCCAAACAUAUGAGCCUACUGGCAGAUCUCAAAACUAUGGUAGAGACUAAAAAGGUUGCUGGUAGUGGAGUAUUGUUACUGGAUAACUACACUGAUCGAAUACAGGUUCUAGAAAAUCUCGUACACUGUGCUGAUUUAAGCAACCCUACGAAACCAUUACCGCUAUACAAGCGAUGGGUGGCGUUACUCAUGGAAGAGUUCUUCCAGCAAGGAGACCGUGAACGAGAACAGGGCAUGGAUAUAAGCCCUAUGUGCGACAGACAUAACGCUACAAUUGAGAAAUCUCAAGUAGGUUUUAUUGACUACAUUGUGCAUCCACUUUGGGAGACGUGGGCGGACCUGGUACACCCAGAUGCCCAAGACAUUCUGGAUACUUUAGAAGAAAACCGCGAUUACUACCAAAGCAUGAUUCCUCCGUCACCACCGCCAGCACCCAUUCAAUCACAUUCAGGAGCCGAUGACGAGCGUCCCGAACAAAUAAGAUUUCAAGUUACGCUCGAAGAAGGUGAGGGUUCCGAAGACUGUGAAGGGGAGGGUGAUGGUGGGAUGUGACGGAAACUAUUGGGAAUCUGUAAGAAACUGUCUGAGAAGAUGCAGGUGUGGUGGAAGCUCUGGUAGUGGGGCGGACGCAAAGCGCGCUUUCGAAGUGCACACCACGCCGGGCGUAUCUCUUGUUGUAUUAUAAUACUUGUUGACGCUUACCCUCGAAGUGGAACGAUCCCCGUAACAUUUCGAACUAAUGAUUAUUUGUACUAUGUGAUUACUAUGCAAUGUUGUUUAGACUUACCUAAUGACUAAAGUGUCCCUCCAACGCGAACGAUUGUAUUUAACAUUCGAUUUUCUAGUGACUAUUGUUUUGUUUUGUCUAACCAAAGAUGCAAAGAUCAACUUCAUUACGUUCGUUGGAUCCCUGUGAGUAGUUCGUCUUCGAUUCGUAAAGUUAAAAGUCGUAUAAGUAGAUUUUAGACGUCGACCUCGUAUAUACUGGGUUGACUAAGUAAGGACAUUGAAAACGCUUAUUAAUUGGUAUGAAAGGGUAAUUUAUAUUGUCAUAUCAUCCACGUCUCUCAUUUAAUACGGGUUUGCGAUAAUGAUGUUAUUCACCAAAAUAUACUAACAUUAUAGGUAUUCCUAUAUAUAAAACUAUAUUAAGGUAAUUUUUUGAAAAUGCCUUUCGGAGUUCUUGUCAUGUCUUUUUCUGAAUAUUAAAAAAUUCGGUCAGUCUCUUGAAUAUAAAUAAGACUUGUACCGUAUUUAUCGUGUUAGAUAGCUUUACUUGAUUUGGUAACCUUAUAGCACCUCAUUUCGUAUAAUGGAUCGCUGGCGAUCCCCUUUCUUUCUUAUUAGAAUAAUGUAUUAUUUUUAUAAAUUACAUCCUGUACUCUAGUUCAUUACCCAAAAAUACAAGUCAUUUCUAGAAUAAAUGUUUAUGUAUGCAACUAACUACACGUCUUUAUAAGUACUAACACUGGCGUGGUUUGCUACUAAGUUUUCUUUGAGAGUUUAAGUGUUUGGUGAAAUAAAUUAGGUGCGAACUAAUAUGGCACGCGGGCCGGGUCUUGCAAUAGUACCUAUCAUAUUAUAAGUGGGUUCCGUACCUUGCGCACAACAAUCAUUCAUUUGGAAAAGCUUAUUAUAAUUUGCGAUCAUUUCACGAGUAAUAUAAAGACAUCGCUGAUCUGAUCCCACGCGAUGUCUAGUCUGGUACAGAUCCUAAUAUCAUUAACUUUAAAAUGGCAACUUGUAGAUUAUAAAUGGUUAUCUUUAAAAUAAUAAUGUAAUACUAAACUACCUGUAUUAUGUUUGCAUUUCACGUAUCGAUCGAUGUUAGUGUAUGGUUAUAAAUAAUCGUGAGCUGGUCUCUAUAGUUACUUUCAUGUACUCAAAAGAUAUUUGUUUACCUGAUUAGAUGUUUUCUUUUUGUUUUUGUACAUCAGACAUUGUACCUCUGGCGAAAGUAUUAUUUCACAAAGUAUUGUAAAUGUCGUCGCUCCAUCAUUCAUCUGUAUCAAGAAUGAAGGUCCAAUGUACAUUGUUUUUGUAGUUAAAUUAAGAUUUCAUUCGGCGAAAAUAAGUACGAAUGCUAUGUCGCCACGUCUUUAAAUUGUCUGAUUGAAAGAUCAUAGAUUAGAGUAUGAUGUCGUACAAAGACAAAAAAUAAGUAUAUAAAAGCGCUUAUAUAACUACAAUUGUGUGUAAUAGAAACAUUACGCUUAGAAACAUUUGUGUUAUUAUUAUACAUAAUAAUAUAUAUGUAAAUUAUCUUGAAUAAUGUUUGUACUAUUAGAUCUGUGUGAUGUACGCGCGAUAUAUACGUGUGCGCACAACCUUUUCUAGUUCACAAGUGAACAACGGGCUUAUGCUGGAAGAAUAUUUGGCAUCAGGGGAUUUACGUUGGUCAACAGGAAAAUUAUUCGGGAUGCGAAAGAUUUCUAAAAAGCAUACAUAAAUUCCUCAUAUGAGGGAAAGUUUUCAUCAACAGGUUUCUAAAACGCACGCCAAUAAUAUUGGCGGUGAAUUUUUAUUGGUCUUUAACUCGAGUGCUGUGUAUCGACUGGCUAAUUCCAUUAGUCGUUAGCAUACCUGCGGAUAAUUUCCGAAUUCUGUAUAUAAACCGAGUUAUCGACAAAUGAAAAUUCAUCCGUUGAGUUAUUCUUGCGCAAGAGAAUAACUCAAACUCAACCUAAGGGCCUAACGCCGAACUUAUGAUUAUCUGAUUAUCCAAUUUUCAAUCAUCUAGAAUUGUAUGAGCUGGAUUUUCGAUAGUGUCUCUAGCCUAUGUGUGUUACGGAUAUAUUUCGAGUGUCAGCUAAUCAGAUUACACUGAACCAUCAAAAUUCGGGUUUAAUACCCUGACAUCAUGAAUACUAAACUGCCUAGAUGACGGCAAAGAUUGCCUGUCAGUAUGACGUUUGUGUAAGAAUCGGUAACUGCAAUUAUAGCUUACUGUCUAGAAAAAUUGCAGCAUAAGCCCGCAAUUAGGCCGACCCUACGGCUGCAAAACACUACCUACCGAUAAUAACUAAAACUUUAAACCUAAUCAAAUGUGUAACUAGUUGAUAAAUAUUAUGCUCGUUGUUUAUUAUUAAUUUCUAUAUAAUUGGAUGUACCUAACUUUAUAGAUAAUGCAAUGGGUACGUUAAAUAAAUUUUGAUCAUACUAUGCAUAUUCAGAAUGCGUCACUUUUCGCGCCUUUUAUAAAACAUUUGAUUUGUUUGUCACGGUUUUUUUUUCUUACCGGCUUAUGGCUUCUGUUUCUAGCCCUUUUGAGCCUUUGACUAUCACAGUUACUUUUUAGCUAACUACCAAAGAAGAAUGUUAUUUUCAUUGUAUUAAUACUAUGUGCAUCUGGCAUGUCACUUUUUCGAAUUACUUGUUUAGAUUUACCUGUAAGUUAAUGUCGCAGUGCGGUUUCAGUGUUAUAUGUUUGUCAGUAUGGAGAACUAACACUUAAGAUUGGUUAAUACCUAGUUAAUUUAUAAAAUACCGAAAUAAAAGUGUGCAGUGCUGGUCA